AUGUUGGUGGAUAAAGGUGGUUUAUGGUAUAAGGUCCUGGUAGCACGGUAUGGUGAGACGGUUGGGCGGUUGGAGGUUGGGGGCAGUGGUUUAUGGUAUAAGGUCCUGGUAGCACGGUAUGGUGAGACGGUUGGGCGGUUGGAGGUUGGGGGCAGGAGUGUUUCAUCUUGGUGGCGGGAAGUAGCGAAGAUUAGGGAUGGGGUAGGCGAUGUAGAGGGGGGCUGGUUUGUAGAUAGGGUGUCGAAGAAAGUAGGAGAUGGCUCUAGUACUUACUUUUGGUAUGACAGGUGGCUAGGUGAUGUUCCUUUUUGUAUCAGUUUCCGUCGUCUAUUUAAUUUAGUGUCUAAUAAGUUGAGCACGGUAGCUGAUAUGGUUGAUGGAGAGGCGUGGAAUUGGCGGCGUAGGUUAAGGGUGUGGGAGGAGGAUAUGCUAGAGGAGUGUAGGCUUUUAAUUAAUGGUGUCGUUUUGCAGUCUGAUAUUUCUGACAGGUGGCAAUGGGACUCCGAUUCUGAUUGUGGUUACACGGUGAGAGGUGUCUAUCAACAACUGACAGCUCAGGUUCAACCUCCAGAUGCUUCCAUUGGAGACCUUAUUUGGCAUAAUCAGGUGCCGCUUAAGGUUUCCAUUUUUGCUUGGGGAUUGUUUUAG